UAUCUAGCGGGUCUCGCAUUGGGUUUAAACGAGGACAUUUUGUGGAGUACUACUAGUUCGUGUUUGUGUAUGGCAAGAAAGCAAUGAUAUGCUGGGAAAGGGCAGUGAGUAAAGAGAGAAGUUAGGCAGGAAUGUGUGAGAAAAGUGGGAAUGUGGGACGUUCUUACCACAAGUGAAGAGUAACGCCGGAUUAUUUUUUCUUUUCUUCUUCACGUAAGUUUUGUUAUAGAGCUGGAACGGCAUCUGCUCCUUCCGGUGGUGGGACGGAAGUCCAGCACUAGAGCAGCAGUAGCAACAACAACAACAACAAAGGAUGGACUGAUUGUAGUGUCACACUAUGUUCCAAAACUGAUCUGAACCCAAGGAAUACCUUGACCUGUCAUGGCAAACUCGGUAGCCACUCUGGUGGUUCAAGCGGAACUCUUGGCUGCACAGUCCUCCGCCUCCCUCUCUCCUUUCCCAUCCCUCCUCGGCUCAGGUGAGGAGGGCGAGGAUGACAGAGAGAGGGGGGGACUGGUGGAGGGCAACAAGGCUGUGCUGGACAACGUAGAGGUUGUUCUGGACAUGGAGGCGUCAUCUGAGUCGACCCCGCAGGCAGAGCAGUCCGAACAUCCCUUCCAAUGUCUGGACUGCGGCAAGAGCUUCAGGUGGUCGUCCCGGCUCACGCACCACCAAAGAAGUCACAACAAUGAAAGACCCUACCGCUGCAACCUUUGUCCCAAGGCCUUUAAGGGCUCAUCUGCAUUACUCUAUCAUCAAAGGUCUCACUCAGGAGAGAAGCCUUACAAAUGUCAGGAUUGUGGUAAAGCCUUCAAGCGCUCCUCUCUUCUCCAGGUGCAUCAGAGUGUCCACACUGGAAUCAGAACCUUCUUGUGUCCAUAUUGCCCCCUGACAUUUAAAUGGAGUUCCCAUUAUCAGUAUCACCUGCGCCAGCACACUGGCGAGUGCCCAUACCCGUGCGAUACUUGCCCCAAGGCCUUCAAGAACUCUAGUAGUCUACGGCGACACAAAAACGUCCAUCUGGGUCUCAAACCUUACACCUGCACUGUGUGCAACAAAUCCUUCACUCAGUCCACUAACUUAAGGCAACACAUGAGGAUACACACGGGCGAGAGACCCUACGUGUGCAGCGAGUGUGGACGGAGCUUCACUCACUCGUCCAACCUGGCGCUGCACAAGAACUCUCACACCAACCCAGGGGUGGGUGGGAAGGAGGGGAAGAAUGCAGAGGAUGCAGGGCGGGGGCGCGACCUGGUGGAGGUGGUGGUGGUGGGCUCGGAGGAAGAAGCCACAUCUAUGUUGACAGCCAUGGUAGGGUAUGUAAGCCAGGAAGGGAGUGACGGAGUGGGGAUGGAAGAAGUCUUCCUGUCCACCUCGUCAUCCACCCAGAAUCCAAACCUGCUCCCCCAGCUCAGCCUCCCCCCCUCGAGGGAGAACAAGGAUGCAUCCCGGGCAAUCGGGACGGAGGUCCACCUGAGCACGGACACCGGUGCUAGUCUUCUGCUUUACAGCUGCGGCAGCUGCAACCACACUUUCGCUACGCGGACUGAACUCGAGGAGCACCAGUCCAUUCAUAUGGCUCCAGAGGAACAUGCCUCCACUGGAGAAGUGGGACCAGGGGCUGCAGAGGUCGAGGUAGCGGAUGGCUUGGUGGGGGCCGGCCACCUGCUUGCUGGCUUUGAAGAGGUGGUAGAGACGACCGCAGCAACUGAAAGUGGACAUACGGCCGAGGUGCUCCUUGGAAUUACGGAUCCAACUGAUGGAAACAAUUCAAGCGUGGGCGCCACCCAGUCCCAGUUUGACCUUCUCCAGAGCUUCAGUAAGGUGAUUCAGAGCUCCAAGACUGUCCAGCCAGAAGCUCCAACCACAUGGGUGGGGCUGUCAUGCGGCAACUGCAAUAAGUCUUUCAAGACCAGUGGAGGCCUCAAUCGACACAUGUCCCUGAUGCACUCCCUCUCGUCCCAGUCCCGUUCCCAGUUCAGCUGCUCCGCCUGUGACCGCUCCUUCCCACUGCUGUCCUCGCUUCUCACCCACCAACACUCCCACACUCCCGAGCAACGUCUCCUGGCCGAGGCCGAAGCUGAGAUAGUGUGCCCCCCUUCCCUCUCCUUGUCCCUCCCGCUUCCUUCCUCUCCUGACAAGCAGCAGGAUGGCAAGCGGGAGAUUCAUGCCAGUGUCAUAGCCGUGUGCGAGGAGCAGGAAGAACUGCCUGUCAAACCGGCUAAAAACUCCAAAAAGGGUGGAGGAAGCAAGAACAUCACUGCUGGAGAGCGGCCGUAUCGCUGUUCAGAGUGCGGAAAAGCCUUCAAAGGUUCAUCGGGCCUCAAGUACCACAUGAGGGAUCAUACUGGAGAGAGACCCUACCGCUGCACAGAGUGUGGAAAGAGCUUCAAGAGGUCCUCACUGCUCUCUAUUCACCAGCGGGUGCACACAGGUGUGCGCGCAUUCCAGUGUCCUCACUGUGCGCUCACGUUCAAGUGGAGCUCACAUUAUCAGUACCACCUGCGACAGCACACAGGCGAGAGGCCGUACGUGUGUAAAGAGUGUGGCAAGUCCUUCAAGAACACGAGCUGCUUGCGAAGACACAGUCAGAUGCAUUCUGGACUGCGGCCUCAUGUCUGCACUAUCUGUUCCAAAUCAUUCUCGCAGACAUCAAAUCUCAAACAGCAUGAACGCACCCACUCUGGCGAGAGACCCUUCCGGUGCUCACACUGCAACAAGUGCUUCACACACUCUUCCAACCUCCAGCUCCAUCUUCGCACACAUUCCCCACAGAAGGACUUCAAAUGCCCGUACUGUUCUAAAGAGUUCGUCAUGCACUCAUACUUGCAGAGGCACAUCCGGACACACAGCAGUGCCCUCCCAUUGCCCUCCCCGGAGGGCGCGGGCAAGGAUGGCGUGUCGGUUAAAGCCAGCGUCGGAGGGGUUACAACUACCACCAUGCUUCUCAACCCCAUCACCCUGGAAUCGUCGGGGAAAAACGGAAGCUUGAUCGUCUCCCAGCCGGCUCUCAAUAUUCCCGUCAACACCUCUCAGAACUAUUUCAUGAUUCAAACGGCCAGCGGCUUGCAGCUCAUCCCCCUGUCAGCUCCCACACCACCCCCAGCCCCUCCGCCACCGCCACCACCUCCAUCUCAGCCUCAGAACUUCUACCUGCUACAGUGCCCUUCGACCAAUGGCUCUCAGUCAAGUUUGAUUUUGGUCCCCACAGCCAACCAACCUCCAGCACCCCUGGAGCCUGCGAGCGUCCCCGUGUUUCAGACUCUACAAGGAUUCAACAGCCAAACACACUCUCAGGUUACCCAGUUUCCGGCAGUGUCCCCACAACACCAGCAGACCCGCAUCAUAAUACCCAACAAUAAUAACAAUACCAACACCUCAGUCGCCUCCCUCCCGGCUGAUUCUUUACUCCGUAGGCCCAUUUUGGGAAAGAGCAACCGGACAGCAAGGGGUAGACGGGGCCGCAAACCAAAAACAGCUCUUCAGAAAUCUGAGACAGCGAGCAUGGAUGUGACGAACUGUAACACAACCAGUGUAACGCAGCCUGAUGGUACUAUCACCAACUCGGGCUCAUCACCGUCUUGCAGAGCCGUCAUGUCUAUCUGUACCCUUCCACCGUCAAACGCUCCUUUCCAAAGUCUCUCUUCUUCCAAUGUUGUAGAAUCCACUGAGGACACUUUGGAAUCCACAACAGCCAGCAUUUCUACAACUCCCAACACCCAAACACAAUUAACUGAUAUGAAUUCGGCGGGAACUUUCCCCGAGAAGCAGUUUGUUUUGUGUUUCAAUAAUGAAGGACAUGCAAAGGAGGGGGUGAAUGUUGAUGAGGGAGGAGAGUCAUAUGUGCUACAGUUUGAAGAAAGGGAUGCCUCCUCUGAAGAGGCGGGGGGUGGAGGAUUGGGUGGGCAGGGGAAGUCGCUUGUUUUGCAAUUUGAGGCAAAUGCACAAGAUGGUGACAACAAGGGAGAAGGUAAAGGUGGAAUGAUGUCACUCCUACAGGAGUGGGGUGGGGAGAAGGGAGGGGAGAGUCAAUCAGGAGAAGAGUGCGGCCAAGGGGGCUCAUUUGUCUUCCACUUUCACACUGAGGAACAGGAAGGUGAUCAGCCUCAAGUCGGUUUCAGCCAAGAAGACGACAGCAGCUUGCCGCUUUCCUGCACUUCUGCCCAAAGUCUCGUCCCCCUCCACGGUCAGCGUGUGCUGUUCGAAGUUGGCGAUGACAACAAGAUGGAACAAGGAUCUGAGGAGGGUAUGCAGAUGAUAGCCUUGAUAGAACGUGAGGGGGGGAUGAUGGGAGAGGAUGGUGGCAGUUGUAGCAAUGCAGCUGGUGCUGGAGGUAUCUUCCAACUGGAAGGGGGCGAUGAAAUUGUCAUCAUUGAGGUGAGCACAAGUAAUUUAAUAGAGGACAGAGUCGUCGAUGUGGACAUUUCACAGAACAACGAUGUAAAAUUUGAAGGUGAAAAUGAAGGUGUUAAGGAAAAGUCUUCCAAAGAAAACUGUACAGAUGAUGCAGAGGUCCAGACAUCAGAAGAACACGCAAUAGGAAAUGGACAUAUAACUAAGAGAUGCACCACUCUUACUAAUUGAAGUACACUACUCAGAACAAGUUGGGGGUUAUUGGGCUUACAAGUCAAAUUUCAGGAUGAACCUAAAAUGCACUACAGGGAGUCCUCGGUGUACGACUGAGAUCAUUUCCCACAGUAGCGACUUAACUCGAAUUUCGACUUAAGACAGAUUUCACCGUGAAAGUCAAAAUUUACGAUGACCGCUGGGAUUGGCUUCAGCAUUCCUGUGGUCCUCGUGGGGAUAAGCGGCUCAGAAAUGGAUGGGUGUUGGUACUUCAUAUAAAAAAAUAAAAAUACAUUAAAAAAUAUAAGAUGCUUCACUUACUUUUAGGGAAGGGAGACUGGGAUGGUGAAGAAUGAAGUCAGGCUGCGCUCAGCUCAUGCUAUGUAAGCAAAUGCAGGUAGCCGUUGCUAACGAUAACUUCCUCCUGGGCGUCCUCUCCUUUCUGCUCUUUCAAUGUUAGGCAAACACGCUGUGCCUUUUCCCUUAAUGAACAUGAGGCUGCUAUUCAGCCUACAUUUAUUCGGAUCCUUGAUCCAUAACGUAAAUAAUCUUUCCAUCUUGGCAACGAUCGAGGAACGGUUAAAAAAAAAAAAACACCUUUCUUCUUUUGGGCCAUAAUAUGUAAAAAGGUGCGCGAAAAGGGCAAAUAAACUCCCAGCGCACAAACACAGAAAAGCCAUAUGCAUGAGCUAAGUAGAAAUACUAUGGUGCUGGAACCAUAAUGGCGGACAAGACUCUGGUGUCGUGUAGUCGAAACGUUUUAGGUUGAGACAGUCUCAAACCAAGAACUCCCUGUAUAGCCUUUACCUUUACAGGAAAAUUCCAACUGUCCAAUGUUUGAGUACAGCUUAAUGUUUUUUUUAACAAUGAGCUGAAUGCCAAAAUUAACAGGUGUUUGAUCCAAAGAGCCAGAUUCUGUAGGCAGGGAUUGGCCUUUCAAGGUCUUUGUGUUCAGUCACUGGCCAGCUCACAAUGUACCCGACCCGUAUGGCCCCUCCCAGUGGAAGUGGGACCAACGUUUACCUUUCGCGCUCUGUGGGUUCAGGCCCGGCCACCAGGCCCUCACCUUUCAGGCCUGGCUCCAGAGGGAAGCCCUGGUGACCUGUGUCCGGGCAAAGCAUUCACCCAUGUCCCUCUGGGAGUUCUGUGCGGAGUGCUUCAGGAGUAUAGGGUGCCAAAAAACCCUGAUACAGGCUGUUCGCACCCUGCGGGACCAUUAUCUAGAGUUUGGUCUGCAUUGCCAGCAGUAAGUUGGACUCCUUUCAGGUGAGCGUUGGACUCUGCCAAAGUUGACCUUGGUCACCAAUUCUGUUCUUAACUUUUAUGGACAGAAUUUCUAAGCGCAGCUGAUGGGUGGAGGGGGUCUGGUUUGGUGGUCCCAAUAUUUCAUCUGUUUUUUUUUUUUCCAGAUGAUGUGGUUGGUUGAUUAAAACAGAGUUAAAGGAAGACUGGAAGCACUACAGAAAGACAAAACAAGUAGACAUUUGGACAUUUUCAUUCAUUCAUCCAUUUUCGGUAAUGCUUAUCCUGACUUCUCUAAAUAAAAAAAAAAACAUUGGUUGUGAAUUUUGCUUUGCAGCUUCUUGUUAAAGACCAGCAAGUGCUGAAACAUCUUGGACGUGUGCAUUCAUAAGUUUAAAAGAAGCUCAAAUUAAGUUAAAGGUUGUAGUCCAUUUAAAGUUAAUCCUGAAAUCUUACCCAGAAGUGUAAUAUCCUGAACUUUUUGGUGAGAAGCAUACAGUAAAGUUGAAGACGUCAGAACUAUGUGUCAGUAAAGGAUGAACGGGCUCCUCACUGAACUAGCACUUUACUUUCAAUCUCCUGCAACUGAUAGCAUGCAGUUAGGAAAAAAAAAGUGUUGUGAUGCCACAUUGCCACAUAUUAGAAAUGUUAUACAUUCAAAUGGGCUGGGCAUGAACUUUUGAAUAGUCCUUAAUAUAUUAGCUGAAAUGACACUGUCAGAGGCAGUCAAUGUAUUGUUGAAAUACGUAUCUUUUUGUGAAUAUAUGUAAAAGGUCAAUCUAUUCAUAUCAAUAGUAUCUUAAUAAUAAAUGUCCUCAUGAGUUUA